AUUUUUGAUCGAUCGAUGGGUGUGGUGACGUCACAGCCAACAUGGCCGACGAGAAGAGAAGUUUGUGUUUGUAGGCGUUUUUCGCUGACAUGUUUUGACGCCUAGCUCGCUCUAGUUCAAACAUUACGGACUCUAUAGCUCUUCCAAGCAGGUUGUAACGGUCUGGAGAACAUUUUAGACGACAAUGUCUGACCACAGCUUAAAUGCGACCGACGAAGAGGAGAAUUCUUCGUACGACGAAGACUUGGCUAACACACCAACGGAGAUUUGCGAGACUCUUUCGGAGUGGACAAAUUACAUUCGGUGGCAAGAUAGGUACCUGGUGCUCAAAGAUGGGACUCUAAGCUACUACAAGUCAGAGAAUGAAACGGAAUACGGAUGCAGAGGAUCCAUAAGCCUGGCCAAGGCCUUGAUACAGCCCCAUGAGUUUGAUGAGAACAGAUUUGAUGUGACGGUGAAUGAGACGACAUGGUACCUGCGCUCCGACAACACCGACCACCGGGAGCAGUGGGUCGCAGCACUGGAGGCACAGAAGAAUGCAGCUGGCUAUGGUCCAGACAGCGGUCUGCGUCGCCAUGGCUCCCUGUUCUCUGUCUCCUCAGCAAGUCUCUCCACCGCCUCCAGCAGCUCGUUCAAGAAAGGGCGGAACCUGAAGAUGAAGCUGGCUGAGAUGGAGACAUUCCGGGACAUCCUGUGCCGCCAGGUGGACGCCCUGCAGGGCUACUUCGACGCCUGUGCCGCUCAAGUAGACCCCGAGGACAACGACACAUUGGUGGAGGAUGAGGCUGAUGAUGAGAAUGAGGAUGACUAUGGUACCCCUCGUAACUCUGUAGAGAUCCCUAAUCAUCUCAAACAUGACAAUCACCACAAUGGCAACAAAGCUCCCCACAUCAGGCUGCCGCCGGGGAUGAACGGACUGGACUUCAAGGGGGAGGCCAUUACGUUUAAGGCAACCACCGCCGGGAUAAUUGCCACACUGUCUUACUGCAUCGACCUGAUGAGGCAGCGGGAAGACACAUGGCACAGGAGACUGGAGAAGGAACAAGAGCGGAGAAGACGAGCCGAGGAUGCCUAUAAGAGGUGUAUGGAGGAACUCAAGAAGAAAGCAGCUAUCGGAGGGCCUGACUAUCAGGAAGGGCCCCACAGUGCCAUAAACGAGGAAGAGUUCUACGACGCUGUCGAGUCUGCCCUCGACAGAAAUGACAAACUGGAGGAAAUGUCCAACCAGAUCACAGACAGUGUUUCAGCCAUGACAGACGCUGGGGGUCUGGCUCCAUAUCUGGCUGAGCUUGAGAGGAAAGUGAGUGAGCACCACAGACUGGCCUUCCAGAGUAAAGACGGGGAGAGUGACUGGCAGCUGCUGCUGGAGGAAGGAGAGAUGAAGGUGUACAGGAGAGAGGUGGAGGAGGAUGGGAUUGUUGUGGAUCCCCUGAAGGCGCAGAACGUGGUGAAGGGCGUGACAGCACAUGAGAUCUGUCACUACUUCUGGGAUGUGGACAUCCGGAUGGAGUGGGAAACUACUGUAGAGAUAGUGAAACUGGUGGAGAAGAUCUCAGACGACACGGUGGUGGUGUACCAGACACACAAGCGCAUGUGGCCCACCAUGCAGCGGGACUCCCUCUUUGUCUCCAGUAUCCGGCAGGUGGACACAGGAGACGAUGAGGGGCCGUCCUGGGUGGUGUGUAACUUCAGCGUGGACCAUCCUUCUCUUCCUGUAUCAAACAAGUGUGUUCGUGUCAAACUGAAUAUCGGCCUUGUGUGCAAGACGUUGGUCACGCCCCCUGCUGAUGGGCAGCCCAUUACGAGGGACGACAUCUCCUGUAAGAUAGCGUAUGCUGCUUAUGUGAAUCCCGGAGGCUGGGUUCCUGCCUCCGUACUGAGGACGCUGGCAAAGAGAGAGUACCCCCGUUUCCUUAGGAAGUUCUCAGCCUACGUACAAGGCAAGACAAAAGACAAACCCAUCAUGUUCUAACAGGAACUGGACUGCGCACUGGUUGGCUGUUGUGAGCACCACACCAUUCUGAGCACAAUAUCUCGCUGUUUGUAAGGGAAGUUCUGGAUGUUUCAGAAUAGGUUUUUCUUGUGAUCAAUGCAUAUUUCCUGUAUAAAACUAUGUCUUGCUUACUGUAAGGACAUAUUCAUCAACUUGUAAACUUGGACUGUGGAAAGUUUGUACA